GCUGGCGCCUUCCUGGUGGCCGCGCGGAAGUCGGGCCCCCUCGCCCGCCCUUCGGUCGCGACGCUCGGCGGCCCCGAGGAGGCCGAGGAGAAGGAGUCGCGGAGGCGGAGCCCGGCCCGACCUUCCGUACCAGCCCUUCCCCGAAGCCGCCCACGGGAGCCGGUGACACCAGCAGUCGCAGCCAAAAUGUACCUUUAGGGGACCGCCGUUAGCAGGAAGUAGCACGGUGUGCCACAUCUGCGGCCAUCAACUCUUUUGUUCGGCGUAUUUAGGCAGAACUGUGACUCAAAGAAUGGGGUUCCCGUUCUGCGGCCAGAUCCGGAGUCUGCAGUUUCCGCAUCUGCUUUUCUUGGGUCUGACCCGCCACGCCGUGGUCUGCUGCCUGUUGCAACCUGUGCUUGACGGAAGUAUCAACCUCUUGCAUCCUUCUAGCAACGAGUCCAGUCACGUUCAGGGCUAUUGUGAAACAGAAGCUACAUUAGCCUCGUCUCUCGACUUCUGGACUGUGUCUUCUGAUAACCUUAUAGCUGUGUUGCCAGUUGAUCCUGUUAAAGAAAAUUAUGUUCGUAAAGUGAAAAACUGUAUUUUUUCCAUUGCCUUCCCAACUCCUUUCAAAUCAAGAGUACGUCUUGUAGCAGUUUCAAAGGAAGUUCUAGAAGAUAUUUUGGACCUUGAUUCAUCUGUCUCAAAAACAGAUGAUUUUAUCCAGCUUGUAAGUGGCAAAAAGAUAGCAUUUGGAUCCAUUCCACUGGCCCACCGAUAUGGUGGCUACCAGUUUGGGAUAUGGGCAGAUCAGCUUGGGGAUGGAAGAGCCCACCUUAUUGGAAUUUACACGAACAGACAGGGUGAAAAAUGGGAGCUCCAAUUAAAAGGCUCAGGGAAGACCCCAUACUCCCGAAAUGGUGAUGGUAGAGCUGUACUUCGUUCCUCAGUGAGAGAGUUUUUGUGUAGUGAGGCUAUGCACUAUCUUGGAAUUCCAACUAGCCGAGCUGCAAGUCUGGUUGUGAGUGACGAUGAAGUGUGGCGAGAUCAGUUUUACAAUGGAAAUAUUACGAAAGAACGAGGUGCGAUAGUACUGCGUGCUGCAAAAUCAUGGUUUAGAAUUGGAUCAUUAGAAAUUUUGGCUCAUUAUGGUGAACUGGAAUUACUGAGGACAUUAUUAGACUUUGUCAUACGGGAGCAUUUUCCCUCAGUAGAUGUCAAAGAACCUAAUAGAUACGUGGAUUUUUUGUCUAUUGUGGUAUCUGAGACUGCACAACUCAUUGCCUUGUGGAUGUCUGUUGGUUUUGCUCAUGGUGUUUGUAAUACUGAUAACUUCAGUUUGUUAUCCAUUACAAUUGACUAUGGGCCCUUUGGUUUUAUGGAAAACUAUAAUCCAGAUUUUGUACCAAACACAUCUGAUGAUGAAAGAAGAUAUAAAAUAGGCAAUCAGGCCAGUAUUGGAAUGUUUAAUUUAAAUAAGUUGUUACAAGCUCUAAACCCAUUACUGGAUGCUAGGCAAAAGCAACUUGCUGCUCAGAUUCUUGAGGGGUACCCUGUUCUUUAUUACACAAGAUUUCAAAAAUUGUUCAAAGCCAAGUUGGGAUUACUUGGAGAAAGGGAAGGUGAUGAUGAUUUAAUUGCAUUUCUCUUGCAUCUCAUGGAAAAGACGGAAGCUGAUUUUACAAUGACGUUUCGGCAGCUUAGCGAGAUCACUCAAAGCCAGUUAUUGGAGCUCAACAUUCCUCAGCAAUUCUGGGCACUGAAGACAGUUUCAAAGCACAAACUCUUUCCUGCUUGGGUGUCCCAGUACCUUUUGAGACUGGAGAGUAACAUGAAUGACUCAGAUUCUGAAAGAAGGAAAAGAAUGACAACUGUUAACCCAAGGUAUGUGCUGAAGAACUGGAUGGCAGAAUCUGCAGUGCAGAAGGCAGAAAAGAAUGAUUUCUCAGAGGUCCACCUUCUACAGCAAGUUCUUCGGCAUCCUUUCCAGAAGCAUCCCGCAGCUGAGAAAGCAGGCUACGCUUCACCUACUCCUUCUUGGGCUAAAGAUCUCAGAGUUAGUUGCUCAUCUUAAUUUGGGAAAAACAAAUUAAGGAAUACUUCUAUCAUUGAACUCAUCAUAGAAUAAUCUAUUUAAUACAUUCUUAAUGAUCAUCCACAUUUUGAUGACAAUCUUACAUUUGAUAAUUAUAUAUACAUAUAAAUAUAUUUUAGUCAAAUUGGAACUUAUUCUUUGUGAUCAUUUUUGUUCUACUCAAUAACUUUAAUGAAAUAAUAAAGUGUUUUCAAUAAA